UCACCUGGGAGUCACUCCGAAACGAACAAACGCAUUCGCCUUGUGCUGUACAUCGGGAGAUCAGCAAGUGAGCUUGUCUCUGUGGAUAUGUGUAUAGGUGUUUGUGUGUCAGUCUGUCUCUGUGUUGUAUGUCUUGUUUAGUUUGUUUAGAUAUCAGUGUUUCAGAUUUGUACGAUAUUUCCAUUUGACAGUGUAAGGGGAAUGUUAGACAUAAUAUUGGGACUCUUCUCCGUCAAUGUCUGUGUCCUUCUCAUCCCUUUCGCUCUUUCUAUUCCUGAUCUAUCAUUCUCUCAGUAGAGAUGACUGGAGCCGCCGUGUCCGUGUGUCUACUUUACACCCUGUCUGUCUGUUCAGCCUGCUACAUCUCCAACUGUCCCAUCGGGGGCAAGAGGUCCAUAAUGGACGCUCCACAGCGCAAGGUGAGCCGCAACUGAAUCUGUCUAUAUCUAGACUAUUUAAAUAUAAUGUGUAAAUAACAGCUAUGAUUUGUCUUAGAGAUGCAUCAAGAUGAGUAGAGGCAAAGUGGGGCUCUGUAAAAGUACUGAAUUCUGAGAUUUGACAAUGAACCGUUAUCUUCAUGUAAAAGGGAGCAAGAAUGUUGAUAAGAAUCUCUUUUUUUGGAAUGAUGGAACAACCUCAUACCCGACUGUCCCUUCUCUCCCCCUGAAGUGCAUGACAUGUGGACCAGGGGACCAGGGCCGCUGCUUUGGCCCCAGUAUCUGCUGUGGGGAAGGGCUGGGCUGCUGGAUGGGCUCCCCAGAGACGGCACGCUGCAUGGAGGAGAACUACCUGCCCACCCCCUGCCAGGCAGGAGGGAGACCCUGUGGAUCUGAUACAGGACGCUGCGCUGCACCGGGAGUCUGCUGUGACUCAGGUGAGGGCACAUCAAUUCUAUAUUUCUGUGAUGAUCCUUGUGGUUAUAUACCACUGAAAUUGUUCUAAUAGAGUGGUGGAUACAAUUCUGUGCUUUCUGACUUGUGUAUCCUGCUCCAUCCUUUAUUUUGUAUCUCAGAGGGCUGCAGUGUGGACCAAUCUUGUUUGGCCGAGGAGGAAGGCAACAAUCAAAUCAGCCAAUCAGAGGGCAACGACUCUGGUGACGUCAUCCUCAGGCUCCUGCACUUGGCUGGCCACACCCCUCCUCAUCGAGUCCACCAAUGAGCUGCAAGUGACACCAGGGUUCCAAUCACUUGAGAGAUAGGUUGAUAGGAUUUGUAGUUCAAAGUUACCUAGUUGUAGUUCAUUGUACAACCCACCUAUUUCACCCACCCAUUUACUGGCCUCCUUCUUCAGUAUAUUGGCAACCUCCGUGGAUGGGACCUAGCUAAGAAUUUAACAUUUAAUGUAUUAUCAAACACUGGAGUUAAAUUCUUAGUUAGGACCCUGAGCACUCCUCUGUAGAUUGCCUUUAUAUUGCAUACUUAAAUAUUGUAGCUAUGUACUGUAUGUAUAGAAAUAGCUGUAAUAAUUAUUACACGUGUAAAGAGUUCAAAUGUGUAUGUUAAUA